AUGUCUGACUCAGUAAUUCUUCGAAGUGUGAAGAAAUUUGGAGAGGAGAAUCAUGCUUUUGAAUCAGACGGAUCAUGUAACAAUGAUAAGAAACCAAGGUCACAAGAGAAAAAGAAAGGUGAAAACAUUCAAGUUGGCUUCUUUGAACUGUUUCGAUUUUCUUCGUCAAUGGACAUUUGGCUGAUGAUUAUGGGAAGUCUGUGUGCAUUGCUCCAUGGAAUAGCCCUGCCAUGCAUAUUUAUUGUUUUUGGCAUGAUGAUAGAUGUUUUUAUUGAGUAUGACAUUGAAAGACAAGAACUUUUGAUUCCAGGAAAAGUGUGCAUUAAUAACACCAUUGUAUGGAUCAACAGCUCCUUCAACCAAAACAUGACAAAUGGAACACGGUGUGGGUUGUUGGACGUCGAAAGUGAAAUGAUUAAGUACUCUGGCCUCUACGCAGGAGUCGGCGUGGCUGUAUUUAUCCUAGGAUACAUUCAAAUAAGAUUUUGGGUAAUCACCGGGGCUCGUCAAAUAAGGAAAAUGAGGAAAGUUUACUUUCAGAGCCUAAUGAGGAUGGAAAUUGGAUGGUUUGACUGUACUUCUGUGGGAGAGCUGAAUUCAAGAUUCUCUGAUGAUAUUAAUAAAAUCAAUGAAGCCAUUGCCGACCAGCUGGCCCACUUCAUUCAACGCAUUACAACAGCCAUCUGUGGGUUCCUGGUAGGACUCUACAGGGGUUGGAAACUGACCUUGGUUAUUCUUUCUGUCAGUCCUCUCAUUGGGAUCGGAGCAGCCAUCAUAGGUCUGAGUGUGGCCAAGUUCACAGAGUUUGAAUUGAAGGCUUAUGCCAAAGCAGGAUCUAUUGCUGAGGAAGUCAUUUCAUCUAUUCGAACAGUGGCUGCUUUUGGUGGUGAGAAUAAAGAGUUGGAAAGGUAUGAGAAAAAUCUUGUGUUUGCCCAGCGCUGGGGAAUUAGAAAAGGAAUGGUGAUGGGAUUCUUUACCGGAUACAUGUGGUGCAUCAUUUUUUUUUGUUAUGCGCUGGCCUUCUGGUACGGCUCCACACUAGUCCUGGAUGAAGAAGAGUACACACCAGGGACACUAGUCCAGAUUUUCCUCUGUGUCUUAGUAGCAGCUAUGAAUUUUGGCAAUGCGUCUUCUUCCUUGGAGGUCUUUGCCACCGGACGGUCAGCAGCUGCCAGCAUUUUUCAAACAAUAGACAGGCAACCCACCAUUGACUGCAUGUCAGAAGAAGGAUACAAGCUAGAUAGAAUCAAGGGUGAAAUUGAGUUCCAUAAUGUGACCUUCCACUACCCUUCUAGACCAGAAGUGAAGAUUUUAAAUAACCUCAACAUGGUCAUUAAACCCGGGGAAAUGACAGCUCUGGUGGGAUCUAGUGGAUCUGGGAAGAGUACAGCACUACAGCUCAUUCAGAGAUUCUACGACCCCUGUGAAGGCAUGGUGACACUGGAUGGCCACGACAUUCGCUCUCUUAAUAUCCGGUGGUUGAGGGAUCAGAUUGGUAUAGUGGAACAGGAGCCAGUUCUGUUCUCUACCACUAUUGCAGAAAAUAUUCGUUAUGGCAGAGAAGAAGCGACAAUGGAAGACAUAAUUAAAGCUGCCAAGGAGGCCAAUGCCUACAACUUCAUUAUGGCCCUGCCACAGCAAUUUGACACUGUUGUUGGAGAAGGCGGAGGCCAGAUAAGUGGUGGCCAGAAACAAAGGGUAGCCAUCGCUCGAGCUCUCAUACGGAAUCCGAAGAUCCUGCUUUUGGACAUGGCUACCUCAGCACUGGACAAUGAAAGUGAAGCUAGAGUACAAGGAGCAUUGAAUAAGAUUCAACAUGAACACACAAUUGUCUCAGUUGCCCAUCGCCUAUCAACAGUCAGAACUGCAAACGUGAUCAUUGGUUUGGAGCAUGGAGCAGCUGUGGAAAGAGGCACCCAUGAAGAACUGUUAAAAAGAAAAGGUGUCUACUUCAUGCUUGUGACCCUGCAAAGCCAAGAAGAUGAAGCCCCCAAAGAGAAGGGCAUAAAGGGAAAAGAUGCAACCGGAGGUGAUGCACUUGAGAGGACUUUUAUCAGAGGGAGCUAUCGGGAUAGUUUAAGAGCUUCCAUCCGGCAACGCUCCAAGUCUCAGCUUUCUCAAAUGACACAUGACCCUCCAUUGGCUACUACUGAUCACAAAUCUACUUAUGAAGACAGCAAGGACAAUGACGUGCUUAUGGAAGGAGUUGAACCUUCCCCAGUUAGAAGGAUUCUGAAAUUCAACUUCCCAGAAUGGCACUACAUGCUGGUAGGAUCUUUGAGUGCAUGUAUUAACGGGGCAGUCACACCCAUCUACUCCUUUAUAUUCAGCCAGAUCCUUGGGAUUUUUUCGAUACCUGAUAAAGAAGAACAAAGGUCAGAGAUUAGCAACAUGUGUCUAUUUUUUGUCGUUCUGGGCUGUGUAUCCAUUUUCACCCAGUUUUUGCAGGGUUACACUUUUGCCAAAUCUGGGGAGCUCCUUACAAAGAGGCUACGUAAAUAUGGGUUCAAAGCUAUGUUAGGACAAGACAUUGGCUGGUUUGAUGACCUCAGAAAUAACCCUGGAGUUCUAACAACUAGGCUUGCUACAGAUGCCUCCCAAGUACAAGGGGCUGCUGGCUGUCAAAUUGGGAUGAUGGUCAAUGCCUUCACUAACAUUGCUGUGGCCAUAGUCAUUGCCUUCCUCUUUGCCUGGAAGCUCAGUCUGGUUAUAAUAUGCUUCUUCCCCUUCUUGGCUUUAUCGGGAGCCCUACAAACGAAAAUGUUGACAGGAUUUGCAUCUCAAGAAAAGAAAGCUCUAGAGAAGGCUGGCCAGAUCACCGGUGAAGCCCUUGGCAGCAUCCGCACUGUGGCAGGAAUGGGUGUGGAGAGGAGAUUUAUUAAAGCCUUUGAAGUUGAGCUGGAAAAGUCAUACCAAACAGCUGUUCAGAAGGCAAAUAUCUAUGGACUCUGCUUUGCCUUUUCCCAGGCCAUAUCAUUUCUUACAAGUUCUUCUGGCUACAGAUAUGGAAGUUACUUAAUUACUGAGGAGGGGCUACAUUUCAGCUAUGUUUUCAGGUCGAUCUCUUCAGUUAUGUUGAGUGCAACAGCUGUGGGAAGAACCUUUUCUUACACCCCGAGUUUUGCCAAAGCUAAAAUCUCAGCUGCACGCUUUUUUCAGCUGCUAGACCGAAAACCUCCAAUUAAUGUGUACAGUGGAGCGGGUGAAAAGUGGGACAACUUCCAAGGGAAGAUUGAUUUUGUUGACUGCAAAUUUACAUAUCCUUCUCGACCUGAUAGCCAAGUUCUCAAUGGCCUCUCAGUGUCCGUGGAUCCAGGGCAGACACUGGCUUUUGUUGGAAGCAGUGGAUGCGGCAAAAGUACCAGCAUUCAGCUCUUGGAACGCUUCUAUGACCCUGACCAGGGGAAGGUGAUGAUAGAUGGGCAUGACAGCAAAAAAGUCAAUGUGCAGUUCCUCCGUUCACACAUUGGAAUUGUUUCCCAGGAGCCUGUGUUGUUUGGCUGUAGCAUAAUGGAUAACAUCAAGUAUGGGGACAACACCAAAGAAAUCUCUAUGGAAAGAGUCAUAGCUGCUGCAAAGCAGGCUCAGCUGCAUGACUUUGUCAUGUCACUCCCCCAGAAAUAUGAAACUAAUGUUGGGACCCAGGGCUCUCAACUUUCUCGAGGGGAGAAACAGCGCAUUGCCAUUGCCCGGGCCAUUGUACGUGAUCCUAAAAUCUUGCUACUAGAUGAAGCCACAUCUGCCCUAGACACAGAAAGUGAAAAGACUGUGCAGAUUGCUCUGGACAAAGCCAGAGAGGGUCGGACCUGUAUUGUCAUUGCCCAUCGAUUGUCUACCAUCCAAAACUCAGAUAUCAUCGCUGUCAUGUCACAAGGGGUGGUGAUUGAAAAGGGGACCCAUGAAGAACUGAUGGCCCAGAAGGGAGCAUAUUACAAGCUGGUCAGCACAGGAGCCCCUCUUAGUUGA